CAGGCAGGGCGCGGGGACCUGGAGCUGUGGUAUCACAGCGUGCGCCCUGUGAGUGCAGCUGGGAUGUAGAAAACCUCAAUAUCCCUCGGUUAAUUACAAGGGUUUCUUAAUUAAUGCUGAUUUGACUCUCCAAUGGGGUGAAAAGACUGUCCAGAUCCUGGUAAGGGGGAUCAAACAAUAAUUUUGAGAGUGUGGGGCUUGAAAGGAGGGUCCUGGAGGGGAGCUCUUAAUUUCCAUACAUUUUCUGUUGGAAUACAUUUUCCCCUGUGCUACUCUGAGUGGGUUUGUGGAGGUGCUCAGGGAGCCAGGCACUCCCUCCUUCCCUCCCUCCUAUCACAGCUGCCACAGGGAAAGACAGGAGAAGCCAAAGUUCCAUGGGUGAUGAAGACAUAACCAAGGGGAUAAAAGAACCCAGUGGGAUGGGUUGGGGUGGGAGAGAUACAGGAGUGCAGGGAAUGGAAAGGAUGCUCCUUUCCCAUCCCAGCCAGGUGGCAUGGGGCUGGUGGGUCAGGGUGGAAUUAACUGGGAAAAAUAAAAAGCAAGAAAUGCAGGAGUGUCUUUUUUUUUUCUGCCUUAAGUCAGCACAGCUCCCAGGUGUGGGAGGUUUCUUGAGCUGAUUUCUGUGUCCUGCUGCCCCAAGCUGGCAGAUCCCCACAGAUCUGUGCUGGCUGCUUGACUAUUUCACAGCCAGCUUUCCAACUCUCCUCCAUACCGGAGCUCCCCUGUGUCUGUCACAGGGCAUCUUCACUCUUAAGCAAGUCAUUUAAACCAGCCAGUGUCUCAGCACAGGGCUGUGCAAAAGGCCAAGACUCGGGACAGGUCCUUCUGCCCAGGAGUUCAGCCAAAAUGUAUUUAUGUCCCCUCCAGAGCUCAGAGGCUCAUUGUGUUUGACUUUGAGUUGUGGAGAAGCUGCAUCAGCCACAGGGGUUCCCAUGGCUCAGCUGCCCAAUGACUCCUGGCACAACGACUCAGCCCUGAUCUUCACCGGCCUGGACCUGCUCCUGGAGCUGAAGCCGCUCUUCAUCCCGCUCUACGCCACGCUGGUGGUGGUGGCGUGCAUCGGGAACCUCUUCCUCAUCCUCCUCAUCGCCCUCACCAAGAAGCUGCACUGCACCACCAACUUCCUGAUCGGGAACCUGGCGGUGGCCGACUUCAUCAUGUGCCUGGCCUGCGUCCCCCUCACCGUGUCCUACGCCUUCGAGGAGCGGGGCUGGCUCUUCGGCAUGUUCAUGUGCCACUUUGUCACCCUGCUGCAGGCUGCCACCGUCUUCGUGUCGGUGCUGUCUCUCACGGCCAUCGCCAUCGACCGCUACGUGGUGGUGGCGUACCCGAUCCGCAGGCGGAUCAGCCGCAGGGCCUGCGUCGGCCUCGUGGCCUGCAUUUGGCUGCUCUCCAUCGCGGCCUCUGUGCCCACCUCACUGCACACCCACUACUUGGACCUCAACGCCAUCGGCCACGACAUGAUCAUCUGCGAGGAGUUCUGGAAGCACGAGGAGAGGGAGCGGCUGCUGUACUCGUGCCUGAUGCUGCUGCUCUCCUACAUGCUCCCGCUGCUGGCCGUGUCCGUCUCCUUCUGUGCCAUCACCUACCACCUGCGCAGGAGGAAUGUGCCAGGCGCCGCCUAUCCCUGCCAGGCCAAGUGGACCAGGACCAAGCACAAGACCUUCCGGGUGCUCACCAUUUCCGUGGUCUGCUUUGCCAUCUGCUGGCUGCCCCUGCAGGUGGUCAACUUCAUCCGGGACAUUGACGAGGAGUUCACCAUCCUGGACAAGAGGUACGUCAAUGUCAUCCAGGUCUCGUGCCACCUGAUCGCCAUGAGCUCUGCCUGCUACAACCCCUUCAUCUACGCCUCCCUCCACGACAAGUUCUGGUUCCACCUCAGCAGCUACUUCUACCGCAAGAAGCAGAGCUCCAGGAGCAUGUCCUGCAAGGCUUCCCGCUUCAACACCUGCUCCACCCUGGCAGAUGCUCCCACCGGGGCCUCAGACAAGAUAGCUUUGCAGUCCAGGUUACCUUAGCUGGAGGACCUUGAGGGAUUGGGUUGGCGUGGCUCUAUAUCCCAAACCAUGGCUGGGACAUACCCCUAUAUCCCGAAUCAUGGCUGGGUGUAGUAGGUGUCCAGUGCUACAUUUGGAGCACAAAGACUUCACCCCGUGGCUUAUGCAGGAGGUGGGUCAGUGUCUGAGCAAGGCAAACACCCAUUGUGUAAAAAACUCUUUGGAGAGCGCACGUCUUCAUUUUGUAGAAUAUAGAUUGUUCCUAAGCAACAGGCAGCACUUUGUGCCAUGGGAAGAGGUCGACUUGCACAGGGAGCCAUGAAAUUGCUGUGCAUUUAUCCUUUAAAAUUGUGGCUUACUGGUGAAGGCACAAUUUAGGACAAUGUGCAUUCUGCAGGUGCAGAUGGGAGCACGUGGCUGCUGACAGCAGGAGGCUGGUUUGGAAUGGGUGUGACUUUCAUAACCUGCUUGGCCUGCUGGAGGAGCCACCCCUGUAACCAGACAGGGCAUCCCAGUUUCUCCAGCCAAAGGUGCAAAUGCAGCUGGGCACAUCCACGAAGUCAUCACUGCUCUUCAUGGCCAAGUAGGACUCGAAAGAUCUCAAGUGAUGAGUUUGCUAGGAAUGAUGUUUCAAAUUCUGUUCCCAGGGAAGUUGAGGUUGGUGUAUGUCCACAUUCAGGGUCCUGCAGUGGAGGUGGGAAUCCCAGUGCCAGGCUGUUCUAUCCCAGAAGCUGCCAGAUGAAGGGUGGGUUUGCUUGUCAGGGUUCCUCGGUGUCUGAAGUGCCUCUGUGGCCUCUCAGGCUGCUCUGUGCAAGCAGCACAUGCAGAAGGCAGCGUCUCCUUACACCCAAUUCCCAUCUAGGUUUUAACCUCUUGAUUUCCCAGGAGAAACCCUUGGGAACAGCCCACAGGCACCAGCACCACCAUAGGCACCUCAGCUCAGGGCCGUGGCAGCUCCCAGCUGCCCUGCUCUGUGGGGCCGAGCCGUGACCUCCCACUGCUCCUUGUGCCCAAGGACAGGACUUCAAAGCCCCCAGGCAACAGGUCCUCAGCCCUGCACAGAACCUGCCCAUGGCCCUGGCCAGCAUCUCCACUUCUGCCAGCAGCUGGGGAGCAUCCAGGGCACACACAGCUGGCUGGACCCCAACAGGAUCCAUAAUCCACUCUCCUUACACCCAUGCACAAGCUCAUUCACCUUCUGGCUGAAGCCCUCAUGGUGGCCCUAGAAGGACUCAUGAUCUUCUGUGGGGUGAUGAGCAGAGACAGGGACCCAUCUAAAGUAGUGCCAGUGACCUCUGUCCUGUUCCCAUAGAGCAGCUCCCUCCUCGGCUUCCUGAAGCUUCCCUGGGCCUGGGCUACUCAUCCCGGAGGAGCCAAGCA